UUCCACAAGCAAUAGUCACAUGACACGUUUCCUGUCAAGAUGGCGGAUAAUCUACCUUCGGAGUUUGAUGUGGUCGUAAUAGGGACGGGUUUGCCUGAAUCCAUCAUUGCGGCUGCAUGUUCAAGAAGUGGCCAGAGGGUUCUGCAUGUUGAUUCAAGAAGCUACUAUGGAGGAAACUGGGCCAGUUUUAGCUUUUCAGGACUGUUGUCCUGGCUAAAGGAACACCAGGAAAACAGUGAUAUUGUAAAUGAAUGCCCACUGUGGCAAGAGAAGAUCCUUGAAAAUGAAGAAUCUAUUGCUCUUAGCAGGAAGGACAAAACCAUUCAACAUGUGGAAGUGUUUUGUUAUGCCAGUCAGGAUUUGCAUGAAGAUGUCGAAGAAGCUGGUGCACUGCAGAAAAAUCAUGCUUCUGUGACAUCUGCAAACUCCACAGAAGCUGCACAUUCUGCCUGCCUGCCUGCAGAAGAUCAGUCAUUAAGUACUGCAAGCUGUGAAAUACCCACAGAACAAACUCCAAGCAGUGAUCCCGAGAGUGCCCUAGAAGUAAAUGAUUUUGAAGCGACAGGGGAGAAAGAAAUCCAUUGUGAUGAUAAAACUUGUGUGCCCUCAACUUCAGAAAAGGAAACAAGUGAAAAUGUGCCUAUGGCCGAAGACACCGCAGAGCAACCAAAGAAAAAUAGGAUUACUUACUCGCAAAUUAUUAAAGAAGGCAGGAGAUUUAAUAUUGAUUUGGUAUCAAAGCUGUUGUAUUCUCGAGGAUUGCUAAUUGAUCUUCUAAUCAAAUCUAAUGUUAGUCGAUAUGCAGAGUUUAAAAAUAUUACCAGGAUUCUUGCUUUUCGAGAAGGAAGAGUGGAACAGGUUCCUUGCUCCAGAGCAGAUGUCUUUAAUAGCAAACAACUUACUAUGGUAGAAAAGCGAAUGCUAAUGAAGUUUCUCACAUUUUGUAUGGAGUAUGAGGAACAUCCUGAUGAAUAUAAAGCCUAUGAGGAAAUUACAUUUUCUGAAUAUUUAAAAACUCAGAAAUUGACCCCCAACCUCCAAUAUUUUGUCCUACAUUCAAUUGCAAUGACAUCAGAGACAGCCAGCAGUACUAUAGAUGGUCUCAAAGCUACCAAAAACUUUCUUCACUGUCUUGGGCGGUAUGGCAACACUCCAUUUUUGUUUCCUUUAUAUGGCCAAGGAGAACUCCCUCAGUGUUUCUGCAGGAUGUGUGCGGUGUUUGGUGGAAUCUAUUGUCUUCGCCAUUUGGUACAGUGCCUUGUCGUGGACAAAGAAUCUGGAAAAUGUAAAGCAAUCAUAGAUCAGUUUGGUCAGAGAAUAAUCUCUAAGCAUUUCCUUGUGGAAGACAGUUACUUUUCUGAGAACACAUGCUCGCAUGUGCAAUACAGGCAGAUCUCCAGGGCAGUCUUGAUUACGGAUAGGUCUGUACUAAAAACAGAUUCAGAUCAACAGAUUUCCAUUUUGACAGUGCCAGCAGAAGAACCAGGAGCUUUUGCUGUUCGGGUCAUUGAGUUAUGUUCCUCAACAAUGACAUGCAUGAAAGGCACAUAUUUGGUUCAUUUGACUUGUACGACUUCUAAAACAGCAAGAGAAGAUUUAGAACCAGUUGUGCAGAAAUUGUUUACUCCAUAUACCGAAAAGGAGAUAGAAAAUGAAGAAGUUGAAAAGCCAAGACUUCUGUGGGCUCUUUACUUCAAUAUGAGAGAUUCUUCAGACGUCAGCAGGAACUCUUAUAAUGAUUUACCAUCCAACGUUUAUGUCUGCUCUGGCCCAGACUGUGCUUUAGGAAAUGAUAAUGCAGUCAAACAGGCUGAAGCACUUUUCCAACAAAUCUGCCCCAACGAAGACUUCUGUCCACCCCCACCAAAUCCUGAAGACAUUAUCCUUGAUGGAGACAGUUUACAACCAGAGGCUUCAGAAUCCAGUGCUAUACCAGAGGCCAACUCAGAGACUCCCAGGGAAAGCGCAAAUCUGAGAAACCCAGAGGAGCCCUCUAAAUAACGAGUAUACACCAAACUGAAUAGAACAUUUUGGAAAAUCUUCCUAGCCUCAGAGUCCUCUUGAUGGAAGAACUGUUUGAAAAAUGUUACAAAGCAGCAGCCAGUUGACAUGCAGAAUUACCAAGAGAAACAGAUGAUAGAAAUCCAAAAGGGAAUUUUCCUUAAAAAGGACAUUCCAAGACCACAAAACACUUGUAAAGCACAUUCACUUGCCUGCUUUAAGAUACCAAACCUGUGGAAUUAGCAGAUAAAAAUUAUAAAUGGAUUGAUUCCCAGAAAUAUAGCUAUGUUUAUGAAAGUGAUCCUAUGCAUUGAUAAUAUUUCUGUGGUAUUAGGACAGCUUUUGCUUGCCACUUUGGAUCUUUGUUUGAAAACCACAUCUUCAAAAUCUGCUUACAUAUUUCCUUUAAUUAUCUGAGUUAUAUUUUCUUUAUGGGUAUGAGCAUCGUGACACAAAUGAUAAAAGCAUACGUAAAUAUACCUGAUAAAAACUAAAGUGUCGGGCUUCCCUGGUGGCACAGUGGUUGCGAGUCCACCUGCCAAUGCAGGGGACACGGGUUCGUGCCCCGGUCCGGGAAGAUCCCACAUGCCGCGGAGCGGCUGGGCCCGUGAGCCAUGGCCGCUGAGCCUGCGCGUCCGGAGCCUGUGCUCCGCAACGGGAGAGGCCACAGCAGUGAGAGGCCCGCGUACAGCAAAAAAACAACAACAACAACAAAAAAACAAACAAAGAAAAAAAAAAACUAAAGUGUCAUGAUCCAGGCAGGAGCCUAUGCUUGAAAUAGAGGUUUGUUUUGUUUUCUAUCUUGAGUAUUGAAAAUGCUAAUAUUAGACAUUUUUACAAACAAGUCAUGAGUUCAUUACUCAGGGUUUUUUUCCUUUUAAAUGUUAAUAGUGAUAUUUGUAUGUGAAUCCUGAACACACUAGGAAGGCUCAAUACUGAAGAAAUGGAAGGAAAGAUUUGAAUAGGCUCAUUGGUAUUUGGAAAUUCUGUCUAGUCGAGUAUCUGGAGCACUAGCCUAAUUGUCUGUGGACCUAAUUUAGUCCUAGCUAUGCCACUGAUGAUAUUAAGCAAAUUGUUUAACUUCUGGGCCUCAGUUUCUCCAUAUGUCUACUGUAUGAGAAUGAUUUUGAAGAUAAACGCAUUGACAUCCUUAGAAUGAUUUUUCUGGAAUAAAAGUUGUUUCAGAAUUUUCUCAUUGACUUGGGGGUGAAUAUCAAAGAUCUCAAGCAGCAAAUAAUUGUUUGCUGUCACCUCCCCCAACACAAUAGAUCAUAGUGUUCUUACUGCAUUAAGCUUUUAAAAUAAAAAUCUAUUUCCUUAAUUAGUAUUUUAUAGUCUAAUAGAAAAGUAAACAUAGUAACGUGGAAUUAUGGCUUUGAAUCUUAAUAAGGAAAACAGUCUAUAAACUCUUCAUAUUCCUCUUCUAGUAGGUAAACCUGAAACCACCAAGGACUCUAAAUAGAAUAUGACAAUUGGUAAACCCUAAUAUGCACUUAACAUAAAAAUAUAAGGGCUGUACAUAGGCAGCAAAUCUAGUUACAGUGACAGUGCCUAUAUUAAAAUCUUUCCAAAUGCCAAGCUCUAAUGGUUUACCUUUUUUGAGCAAUAGUUUGAACUCAACAACUUAUUUCAAUAAAUAAAUACAUUAAAAGUGCGUUGUCAUGCAGUCUGGCCUAUCUUGCUGAUCAGAGAGCCAUGGCUACAGUAGAAAACACAUAGUUCUUACAUACUUCAGCUGCAGCAGGACUCUGACCUCACCAGAUUUCAGAGAAGAUCUUAAAGGAAGCCAGCUCUGUCAGGUCACAGACUCAAGAGAAAUGGAAAGAAUCAAGGAAUGUAGCUCUUGCCUCACCUUUUAAACCCCCUGCGGAUAUAGCUGAAUCCAGAAGAAAAUCUUCCCAGCCUCUCAGGCUACUCCUAAUCCUUCUUCCCAUUGCAUAGCCUCUCCCCUAUCUCUUUAAUCCCCUCUAUACCUUUCUUCCCCUUUUAUAAUGUUAUACAAAUCAGGGACAAUAGAAUCACAUUAUAACCUACUUUGUUAUAUGGAUUCAGAUCUAUCUUAAAUCAUAUUUCCUGAAACCCAACUACGGCAUGCGCUAAAUGCACAAUACAUACCUAUAAGCACCGGGUAUUGGCUCUGCCCCGCAGUACCAGCAAUAUAAAAGCUUCCACUAUAUGAGAGUAUUGAGUCUGAAUACAAUUGUAGUAAGCUGCACCAAUUAAGAUAUUGUACUUUGUUAUAGUCUUAGAGUUAAGGCCUCUUGAUGCAGCAUGCACACUUAGUAAACAGCCAAUCAGGGUACACCCAGAAUGACUAGAAAAAUACUGAUAGCUUUACUACAGCUCUCUAAAACAAUGAAGGAGAUAUUCUGUGGUCUCAUAGCCCAGUCCAUACUGUACCCUAUUUCAUCCAUUAGCCAGCAUCGGAAUUUCUCUUCCAGGUUAUUUAUUAAAUACUGUUGAAAUGUUUAAAAGCUCCUGAAUAUGAGUAGUGAUGAUUAAGAUAAUACACAACUGUUAAAAACCUUGUGUUAAGAGAACUUUAGAUAUUUCCUGUUGCCUCAGAAUGUAAUAGAAAUUAUUCUAAGAGCAUUCUUUUCAGCUAUCUUAAUUACUGCAAAUACUUGUUUUCAUAGCUUUAAAGGAAAACCUUUUGUUGUAAAACCGUAAACCUGAAGUCAUAUGAAUAAAAUAUAGAUGCUGUAUGUGAUGCAGAAAUUUCAGUAGCUAAUUUUAAAUUUUGAAAAUAGCUAUUAUCAAAGAAUUUUUAUCCAUGUUUAAAAUGUUUAUGUUAUGCAUGCUUCUUAUUAACCAAAAAUGAUAAUACCAUUCAGUUUAGUGAUCAACAUGAAAACUGGUUACUAACCCUAUGUUGCUACUGUAUUUUUGUCUAGUUGGUAUGCCUGCCCAGAAAAAGAUAUAUAUGAUAUGUAUAUUAUAAACAUAUUUUUCUAUAGGAAAACUGAGUUAUAAUUUCCCCAUCUUCUAUGAUAUCUAGCUGCUCAUAGGAAAAUAGUCAUGUUAAUGGUUAACUUCUGGAAUAGUAGUUUCUGAGAUGGGCAGCCCUUUGUGUAAAAUAAUGGCCACACUAAUUAUUAACUUCUGUCACAGCUGUAGUUCUGGAGAAGGCAGCCCUUUGUCUAAAGUCCUAAAAACCUCGAAAAAAAUUUGUUGAAAUUUGAUUGCUAAAUAGUAAUGAUCCUUCAAAGCAGUUUUCUUACAAAUAAGUUAUUUACUGCUAUUGGUAUUGGAUAAUUUCUCUCUCAACUCUUGAUUGAUUUUCUUAUAUGCAUUUCCAAAAGCAUGAAUAUAUGAUUAUUCAUAAUUUGCACACUGUAACAGUAAGUUUUCAGAGGAAAUAAAGUCUGUUUUUAA